AUGGACGGAGAUUCUGGAUAGCAAGAUAAAUAGGUACCAAACUAUAGCAGAUUUUUGCCUAUUGCAAACAUCAGCAGAAUUAUGAAAAAAGCAUUACCAGAAAAUGCUAAGAUAGCUAAAGAUGCUAAAGAAACUGUGUAAGAAUGUGUAUCUGAAUUUAUUAGUUUUAUUACAAGCGAAGCUUGCGAUAAAUGCAAAUCAGAAAAGAGAAAAACUAUAAAUGGAGAAGAUUUGUUGCACUCAAUAACAACUCUUGGCUUUGAAAAUUACUACGACAUACUUAAAUUAUACUUAUAUAAAUAUAGAGAAGCUGUUAAGGCAUAAGAAAGCAAAGAAGGAGGUACAGUUAAGAAAACAUAGAAAAAGGCAAAGGAAGAAGAAGAUUAUGAUGAUGAUGACGAUGAUGAAGAUGAUGAUGACGAAGAAGAAUCUUAAGAAUAACUUGCAUAAAACUAAAACUGA